GAGUCAUUACAGUCAACAUAAUAAUUUACUGAGAGAAAGUAUGACCAAAUAUAAAUUUAGAGACGUGUCUUAUGGAUUACAAAAGUUAAGAGACUUUUUAUUGGGAAGAAAACAUAUCCUUCACGGCCGAUUUCCACCGAAUAUAGCUCCAAGAACCAUACCUACAGCUGAUCUCCCUAGAGGACCGGACACUCCGUACUCACAAAAUUACUAUUAUCGAAGAAAUGCUUUUCAUUCCGUACAACCUCCGGUCGUAGCACCAAUAGCUGAAGGUCCCCCUCUCAUUCAAGAUCCAACCCAAAAAGCCAAAGCCGGAGGAGUUAGAGCAGAUGCGCUUUCAUUCAACUUUGCCCCAACCCCCGGCACUCCUUGGUGGUGGGAUGGUCAUUUCUACUAUGAGUUAGUCCCCGAUCCUCCCACUUCACCUCCACGAGAGGCCUCUCAACCAGACCCUUGUGCGUCGACCUCUAAAAAGUAGUUUGUUACUGUUAUAAGCUAUAUGACAAUGUUUAAAAAUAUAAAUUGUUUACGUUAGAAAUCAACACCUUCCAAUAAUAAAUAAAGUAUUUACCACCAGUAUGUUAAUUUCAAAUAGCCUAAAAUAUUUUUUUAUUCGUUACGUCUAUACAAAAUACGUGAGUUUUUUUUCGUAUUAAUUUUAUUCUGUAAAUUUAAAACACUGUUCCGAAGACUUUGAAAAAAAUACUUGGAUUUCAGAUAACUGUAGAUAAAGGAUUUUCGUUUUGUUAUAUUCAUAAAAAAGUGUCUACAAUAAAGAUAUAAGCAAUCUAAAAGAAAUAU